UGAAAAACACGACAGUUGCAACAGGUUAGUGACAUCAUACUCGAUUGUGAUUCGCUGACCAACAAAGCUAAGCUCCACCCACAGGAACAUGUGUCACCCUUCGCAAAUCAUGUGAUCGCACUGAUAAGAAAUAUCAUAAACCUUUACAGGUCACACACUUCAUCGAAACUUACAUUCGCUUCCUCUUGCAUCAUCCUCAUCACAAUCAUCCUGUUCUUCCUAACCGUUGUCGUAGUAACCGCUCAGGUUUAUAGGUUUAUGGCCCUUUGAGUAAAGUCCUCAUAACACACACAGACACACACACUAACAGAGGAGACUGUUGGAGCAUUUGUACAUUUUGCCUGCCGUGUCUGUAGUGUGUUAAUGUUAAGUGUGUUGUUGGCUUGGACAAUAUGUGCUAGGUUUUUUGUGUGUGGGUGUAUGUGAGAGAGUGUGUGUGUGUGCUAGUUCUGUUCUAGCAUUAGCCUGUGGAUUUGUUAACACUCAGGGCCUGUUUGUCGACGGAGCUGUGGUGUUUGUAUGUGUUAGCUUUCUAGCUGUUUUGCGUAUGUGUGUGUGAGAGCGAGAUCAUGUCGAUGGCGGUAGAGCUCUUGGGCUUUAUGAUGUGCGUUGGUGGAUGGCUGCUGAGCGGCAUGAGUUUAGCCAAUAAUUAUUGGCGUGUCUCGUCGUUCGAGGGCAGCGUGAUCAUUUCCACGCGCCAGUACGAGAACCUGUGGCAGGCGUGCGCGGAGUCCAGCACGGGCAUCACAAACUGCAGACUCUUCGAGUCCAUGCUCGCUCUGAAUGCCCAUGUACAGGCAUGUCGUGCUUUAAUGAUCAUAGCGCUGUUGCUUGGAAUUGCCUCCAUCUUCCUUUCGGUCCUGGGUCUGAAGUGCACCAAACUGGGCAGCAUGAAGGAUACGAGUAAAGGACGACUCACACUCACGGCUGGAUUGAUGUUCAUAUUGUCUGGCUUGUGUGUGCUCACGGCUGUGUCGUGGUACGCGUCGCGCAUCGUUCAGGAGUUUAACGACCCCUUCUACGUUGGAACAAAAUCUGAGCUAGGCACUGGUCUUUAUUUGGGUUGGGCGGCCGCAGUGUGCGUGAUUAUGGGAGGAGCCAUGCUGUGUGGAUCGUUCAAGAGAGCAAGAUCACCCAAACCUGCAAGUGGUUACAGGUAUAAGUCAUCAGCCAAUCAACAGAUCUAUAAAGCAGGCCCUCAGACGGAAAGCAGCAGCUCCAGAGCAUACGUCUGAACCGAUUCCAUUGUCACACCAAGUGGAAAAUACGAACUCGUCAACAGAAAUGAACACAUGCAGUGUGUGAAACAGGGAUUGUGGGUAGUUUGUGGACACUUGAUGUCCUUGUGUUGGUAAAAUAUAUGCAUUUUUGUGAAAUUGAGUGUUCUCGUCUCGCUUGUGCUUUAGAAUUGGGGUUGUUUUCGUGUUCGUUUGUUGAGUGGGAUUUUAUGUGUGCAUAUUUUUUUUUUCUUUUGUAUUUGAGAUGAAUAAAUUUGAAUGGAUCGACUUCGCCAUCUGGUGUCUGUUAUAAUAAACGUGACUGCCUGGGAAAAUAAAUGAAUAAAUAAAUA